AUGUCAUCCUCAGCAGCACGCAGCCUUGCCGCUGCCGGUGUAGGUUCUGGUACUGGUGGGAGAAGUAACAGCGGUAACGGCAAUAGUGCCCCGCCCCCUCCAUCCUCUUCUUCUCACUCGACUGCUACGUCAACCUCCAAAAUUUCUUCCCGUCGAACAGCUCAGAUUGCUCGACACUUUUCCUCCUCCUCAUCACCCACCGGCCCAGUCUCACAGCAAAAGCCCGACAUGGCCUCCAACUACACCGUCCGCAAGGUUGCGGCUCCCAACACCUUCGAGCACCGUGUUUACAUCGAGAAGGAUGGCCAGCCCGUCUCCCCCUUCCACGAUAUUCCUCUUUACGCCAACCAGGAGCAGAACAUCCUGAACAUGGUUGUCGAGAUUCCUCGAUGGACCAAUGCUAAGCUUGAGAUCUCCAAGGAGGAGCUCCUCAACCCCAUCAAGCAGGACAUCAAGAAGGGCAAGCUUCGAUACGUCCGAAACUGCUUCCCUCACAAGGGUUACCUGUGGAACUACGGUGCCUUCCCCCAGACCUGGGAGGACCCCAACACUGUUCACCCCGAGACCAAGGCCAAGGGUGACAACGACCCUCUCGAUGUCUGCGAGAUCGGUGAGCUCGUUGGUUACGUUGGCCAGGUCAAGCAGGUCAAGGUCCUCGGUGUCAUGGCUCUCCUCGACGAGGAGGAGACUGACUGGAAGGUCAUUGUCAUUGAUGUCAACGACCCUCUCGCUUCCAAGCUGAACGACGUUGAGGAUGUUGAGCGACACCUGCCCGGUCUUCUCCGUGCCACCAAUGAGUGGUUCCGUAUCUACAAGAUUCCCGAUGGCAAGCCCGAGAACCAGUUCGCUUUCACUGGCGAGUGCAAGAACAAGAGCUACGCUCUUGAUGUUGUUCGCGAGUGUGGUGAGGCCUGGGAGCGUCUCAUCACUGGCAAGACCCCUGCUGGCGGUGUUUCCACUACCAACGUCGCUGUCCAGAACUCUCCUUCUCGCGUUUCCCCCAACGAGCUUCCUCCUCUGCCCGCCAACGAGGAGCUCCCCGCCGAGAAGAUUGAUGCUUCCAUUGACAAGUGGUUCUUCAUCAGCGGUGCCUCUGCUUAA